UUUAGUUGGAAAUAAGAAUGAACAGUGGCAUUGAACAUUUCUGGACUGAUCAACUGAUUCCGAAAUCGAUUAUAUGUUGUAUUGAAGAUCUAUCACCCGCUGGGACCAUUGCCGGGGAAACUACUAAAGUUCACUACAAUCCCCAGAAUCCAUCUCAUUCCUAAAUCUCCGGCCGCACUGCAAUACGGGACUUCCGGGAUUUAGAAACUACAAUUCCCAGAAACCUUGUACAAUCACUUCCGGUCAUAUACUUCUGAUCGCAAUAUAAACAAAGAGACUUCCUGUUUCAGAAACUACAUUACCCAGAAGCCACGGAUCAUCACUUCCAGUCGCAGCUUUUUUAAGAAUUUCCACCAGUUAUUGCCCCUAAACAAGUUCCACUGACACCAAUCACCUAUACCACUCUAUCACCAACGAACUAAUUCAAAAUAGGUGAAAUAGAGGCCGAUUUCAACACACAUCCUCCCGAGGUCAUCCGGAACCGGAAGUGAUGUCAUCAAGUUCAAACCCCGGCCAUUUACUAUAAAUUCAUCACCAAUACAGUCUUCCAUCAGCCUUGACAAAGAGUGACUUACUCGAAACGCGUUGGGGAGGACUAUUGCCUGUUGGACUUCGCCCCGCCCGUUCUGUGGGAAAGCUCCUGAUUCUUUUAACUACAAGAAAUUCUUUGAAUUGGUCGGCCUAAAGCUCAAGAGCAAAGAUGACAUGAAAAAGGUUUUCCAAAUGCUGGAUCAAGGCCAGGAUGGAUUUAUUGAGGAGGAUGCAGUGGCUCUUAUAAUGAAAGGAUUCUCCCAUGAAGGAAGAUCUCUUACUGAAAAGGAAAUAAAGGACGUCCUAGCCGAUGGUGACAAAAAUGGAGAUGGAAAAAUUAGUCUUGAUGCUCCCGCUUCUUUUAACCCGAAGAAAUACUUUGAACUGCUCGGCCUAAAUAGAAAGAGUAAAGAUGACAAGAUACAGGUUUUCCAUAUGCUGGAUCAAAACGCGAGUGGAUUUCUUGAGGAGGAUGACCUUGGUCUUAUAAUGAAGGGAUUCUCCCCUGAAGGAACAUCUCUUACUGAAAAGGAAAUAAAGGACAUCCUAGCCGAUGGUGACAAAAAGGGAGAUGGAAAAAUUAGUCUUGAUGAGUUCAUAACCAUGGUGUCUGAAUCCUAAGUCACUGAAGCUCUGUUGUUAUUUGUGCACAGCGUUCACCUUCCUUAAAAGCCAAAUUAUGUAUUGCUCCUGUUUUAUACUCCACCUCUGGUCCCUGCCUUCGGGAACAAAUCAUAACAAAAUACAAUAAAGGGCAAAAACACCUCAGAAACUGGAA